AUGGAACAGCCUGAGCAAGAAUGCUUCAUAGAAGAGCUGUAUCUGCGUACCGAGUUGGAAGUUCUGCUAAAGGUCGAGGACCCUGUCACAGCAAAAGAUGUAGGUGUUCGGCGUGAGGCGGUGCGGUUCAUUGCGAACUACAAGGCAAAUGGCUUUGUACAGGAAAUGAACUGCGUGCAUGGGGUGGCACCCACGUCUUUGCGCACUGCACGUGAAUAUCUGGACCACUGUGAGAAGCUGGGUGCGCCUCUGCUGAACAGAAGGUUGCGUGACCAUGUGGUAGAUGCGAAUGGACCGGAGGCAACAUCCAGCACCCGACGCAAUCUGCGCAAGUGGUCGCGGAGAUUUCGAAAGCGCUGGUGUUUGAGGUAUGGUGCAUUGCGGCCGCUGUACGAUUUGCCGGCGGAUGAAAUACAAGCCAAG